ACUAGUUAGCGCGUCACUUCCGACGGUGAAGAGGAGGCGGGAGAGUGAGGGAGAGGCUGGAAGACAAGCCUGCAGGAUGUCUUCUCGGUGAGAGCAAGGCUUUUGCACAAUGGCCGUUUUUGAUACCCCUGAGGAGGCCUUCGGCGUCCUACGUCCCAUCUGCGUUCAGCUGACAAAGGUCCAGACGGUGGAGAAUGUGGAGCAGCUGCAGGUACAGCUACAAGCCGUGAGUGACUCCGCCCUUCAGGCACUUCAGCAGUAUGUCCUCUUCCCUUUGCGAUUCACCCUAAAGACGCCUGGUCCCAAGAGAGAGCGCCUGCUCCAGAGCGUGGUGGAGUGCCUCACGUUUGUCCUCUCCUCUACGUGCGUGAAGGAGCAGGAGCUUCUCCGGGAACUCUUUUCCGAGCUCUCCGCUUGUCUGUAUUCGCCCAACUCCCAGAAGCCUGCCGCUGUGUCAGAGGAGCUGAAACUGGCUGUGAUCCAGGGGCUCAGCACAUUGAUGCACUCGGCCUAUGGGGACAUCGUUGUGGCUUUUUAUGAGCCCUCCAUUCUGCCUCUGUUAGGAUUUGCUGUGUCUUUACUGUUAGGCCUAGCCGAACAGGAGAAAUCAAAGCAAAUUAAAAUUGCUGCCCUACGAUGUUUACAGGUUCUGCUCCUGCAGUGUGAUUGUGAUGACCAUCCACAGUCCCUGGAGGAGUUUGAGCAAAAGCAGCUGGGGGACUUGUUUGCUGCUUUUUUACCUGGAAUCUCCACUGCACUGACCAGGGUGAUCACAGGUGAUUUUAAACAAGGGCACAGCAUUGUCGUAUGUUCCCUGAAGAUCUUUCACAAGACAGUGGGCUUCAUCAUGGCUGAUGAACAGCUCAGAAGAAUCUCCACAGCCCAAGAAAAGCCCACAGUGGAGCACCGAGUAGCAAAGCUGAUGGUUCACAGGGAAGCCGAUUGGGUGAAAACUACUGGCACCAAGUUGACUCUCCUUCUGAAAAAGAUAAUUGAGGGCGUUUCAGUUCACCCACAUUGGAAGGUGAGGCUGGAGCUGAUAGAACUUGUUGAGGCCCUUCUUUUGCAAUGCAGUCAGUCGCUGGUCGAAUCGGCCGGCCCCCUUCUGAAGGCGUUGGUGGGUCUACUAAAUGAUGAGAGCCCUGAAGUCCAAGCCCAGUGCCAUAAAGUGCUGAGACAUUUUGCAGAUGAGAAAGUAGUGGUGGGCAACAGGGCCUUUGCUGACAUCUUGUCCGAACACCUGCAUUCCCUGGCCAUCUCCCUUCCCCGCCUCAUGAGCUCCCAAGACGAUCAGGGCAAAUGCUCUACUCUCUCCUUGUUACUCGGUUAUCUGAAACUCCUGGGCCCCAAAGUGAACUUUGUCCUCAACUCUGUGGCCCAUCUCCAGCGCCUUUCCAAAGCGCUUAUCCAAGUUCUAGAACUAGACGUGGCUGACAUCAAAAUUGUUGAAGAGCGGCGCUGGAACUCGGAUCACCUGAGUGCUUCUCCGAAGCCCUCCGCCGCGCGGCCAUGGAGUCAGAUCCAGAGAAGAUAUUUUCGCUUCUUCACUGAUGAGAGGGUUUUCCUGCUCCUGCGGCAGGUCUGUCAGCUUCUUGGUUUUUAUGGGAACCUCUAUUUGCUUGUGGAUCAUUUUAUGGAACUCUACCACGAAUCUGUGGUUUACCGAAAGCAAGCCGCCAUGAUCCUUAAUGAACUGGUCGCAGGAGCUGCUGGGUUGGAGGUGGAGAAUCUUCAUGAAAAACAUAUUAAAACAAGCCCAGAAGAACUGAGAGAGAUCGUGACAUCUAUACUCGAAGAAUACACAAGCCAAGAAAACUGGUAUCUGGUCACAUGCAUCGAAGCUGAAGAGGUGGGGGAAGAGCUAACCGUGCCGCAGUCAGGCCUCCAGGCCAUCACGUCUGGCUCACACACCUGCCAAGUUACAUCUUUUCCAGCCUUCUCAAAGCCAAGCCCCACUAUUUGCUCCAUGAACAGCAACAUCUGGCAAAUAUGCAUCCAGUUGGAAGGGAUUGGCCACUUUGCAUAUGCACUAGGAACAGACUUUCAUUUGCUCUUGAUGUCUGCCCUCUAUCCAGUACUGGAGAAGGCUGGAGACCAAACCCUGCUCAUCAGCCAGGCAGCUACCAGCACCAUGAUGGACAUUUGCCAUGCCUGUGGCUACGACUCCCUGCAGCACCUGAUCAAUCAAAAUUCAGACUAUUUGGUGAAUGGGAUAUCUUUAAAUCUGCGUCAUCUGUCUCUGCACCCCCAUACCCCAAAGGUUUUGGAAGUCAUGCUGCAGAAUUCAGAUGCUAGCCUACUUCCUUUGGUGGCUGAUGUGGUUCAAGAUGUCUUAGCCACCCUGGACCAAUUUUAUGAUAAGAGAGCUACUUCUUUUGUCAGUGUUCUGCACGCCCUGCUGGCAGCAUUAGCCCAGUGGUUCCCAAGCACAGGUGAUCUUGGGCAACCCCAAGAGCAAAGUGUAGAGGAGAAGGGAAGUCACUUGAGCCAAAGACCAGCUCCUGAGAAAGGCCUUGAGAAGUCCACCACAGCCGAAGACAUCGAACAGUUUUUGCUGAACUACCUCAAAGAAAAGGAUGUGGCAGAUGGGAAUGUCUCCGAUUCCGAUAAUGAGGAAGCACCAGCUUGGGGUUUUUUUCUGCAGGUUUUGCGUACCCUCGGAGGCAAGUGUGGCGAUUUUCUCCGAAGCCGGUUCUGCAAAGAUGUCCUGCCAAAGCUAGCUGGCUCCUUAGUCUCCCAGGCUCCUGUCAGUGCCAGAGCAGGGCCAGUUUACUCCCACACGCUGGCCUUCAAGUUGCAGCUGGCUGUCUUGCAGGGCCUGGGCCCCCUCUGCGAGAGACUGGACCUAGGUGAGGGUGACCUGAAUAAAGUGGCUGAUGCCUGCUUGAUUUACCUCAGCGCCAAACAGCCCGUGAAAUUACAAGAGGCUGCCAGGAGGGUUUUCCUCCACUUGAUGAAGGUAGACCCGGACUCCACCUGGUUCCUCCUGAACGAACUUUAUUGCCCUGAGCUGCUCACGCCUCCUCACCCCAGCCUCCACCCUGUGCAGCUGCGGGGGGCCGCAGGGCAGCAGAACCCAUACACUGCCAACGUGCUCCUCCUGCUCGGGGAGCUGCAGUGACCCCUCUCUCCCCCACUGGGCAGGCACUUACCGCAGGAGGUUGCCCCCCCUGCCUUUGGGCGGGGAGCUGACCCCAUCCUGGCCAAAGGCUGCAGCCAUAGCCGCAGCAGCAGAGAAGACUGCGAAGGUGGAUUAAACAGCUGAUCGAUUUAUAAAUUGAUUGAUCACGCAGCUGCUUAGAAAUUGGAUUGAAGGAAAGUAGCUGACUGUUAUUUAUAUUUCAUACCUGGUGUUUUCAAGUGACAUUGUCUGGCAGUUCUAAGGGCUUAACUCCUUAGCUUACUAUGUCGGAGGCCCCGGCUGCCUCACCGGCCACCCCCACCCCCACCCCCACCACACACACACCUGAGAGCUUGAGGACACGUGGGCAGAGGCCUGUUGUAUGCAUCGUGUGUGUCCUCUGAGUGCCUGAGGCCCACGUGGAAGUACCACUCAGCCCGGCCUCCCAGCCACACACGCCUCCCUCACCAUGAAUAAUGAGAUGGAACUAACUCGUCGCACCUAACCUGUUUUUUGGAAGAAACUGAAAUAAAGGCAUUUCUUGGA